GUAACCUCGCAACUCGCAACUCGCAAUCACAACUCGCAAUCGCAACUCGCAAGUAAGGAAACUGGACGACGUGACUCGUACAGUAACAAUCAUGGCUGGAGACAAUCCAUAUAAUCAUCUGCUUAAGUCUAUUACCAUCGAAUCCAAAGAUUACAAAUACUAUGACAUCAGCAGCUUUGGAAAGAAAUAUGACAGGUUACCGUACUCCAUCAGAGUUCUUCUAGAAAGUGCAAUAAGGAAUUGUGAUAAUUUUCAAGUAAAAACAGAUGAUGUUGACAAAAUCUUAGAUUGGGAAACAAUUCAAGCUCUAGAUAAUGGGGCAGAAAUAGCUUUUAAACCAGCCAGGGUGAUAUUACAGGAUUUUACGGGAGUGCCUGCAGUGGUGGAUUUUGCAGCUAUGAGAGAUGCUGUUAAAAGAUUAGGUGCUGAUCCAGAUAAGAUAAAUCCGAUUUGUCCAUCAGAUCUUGUUAUUGAUCAUUCGAUACAAGUUGAUUACAUUAGAAGCCCUGAUGCUUUGAAAAAAAACGAGGAUCUUGAAUUCGAAAGAAACAAAGAACGGUUUAUGUUUUUAAAAUGGGGUGCCAAAGCAUUCAAAAAUAUGUUGAUUGUUCCACCAGGAAGUGGAAUAGUGCAUCAAGUCAAUUUAGAAUAUUUAGCCAGAGUUGUAUUCAACAUAGAUAAUUUGCUGUACCCUGACAGUGUAGUUGGGACAGAUUCGCAUACAACUAUGAUAAAUGGUCUUGGUGUACUUGGUUGGGGUGUAGGCGGUAUUGAAGCUGAAGCUGUUAUGUUAGGGCAAGCAAUAUCUAUGUUAGUACCGAAAGUUGUAGGCUAUAGAUUAGAGGGAGUUCUGAAUCAAUAUGCUACUUCAACCGAUCUUGUUCUUACAAUUACAAAGAAUCUACGUCAAAUUGGAGUUGUUGGAAAAUUCGUAGAAUUCUUCGGUCCUGGUGUAUCUCAACUAAGUAUUGCAGAUCGAGCUACGAUAUCAAACAUGUGCCCGGAAUAUGGUGCUACAGUUGGAUUCUUCCCAGUUGAUCAGCAAAGUUUAGCAUAUCUGAGACAAACAGGAAGAUCCGAAGAUCAUAUUCAAAGAAUUGAGAAAUAUCUUACCACUAUACGAAUGUUGAGAAAUUUCGACGAUGAAAACGAAAACCCCAUCUUUUCCGAAGUAGUCACACUGGAUCUAGGAACUGUCGUUUCCAGUGUCAGCGGUCCUAAAAGGCCUCACGAUCGCGUCUCCGUGACGGAUAUGAAGACAGACUUCAGGAAUUGUUUGACUAACAAGGUAGGAUUCAAGGGAUACGGCUUAAGCCCUAAAAAGGUGGACUCCGUAGGUAUGUUCGAGUAUGAGGGAAAGGAUUAUAAACUAAGGCAUGGUUCCGUAGUUAUUGCCGCUAUUACUAGUUGUACUAAUACUAGUAAUCCCAGUGUUAUGCUUGGAGCAGGUCUUUUGGCAAAAAACGCGGUGGAAGCUGGCUUAACCGUCGCACCGUACAUAAAAACAUCCUUGGCUCCAGGCUCGGGGGUAGUUACUUACUACCUGAAAGAAAGCGGGGUGACUCCAUACCUGACGGCGUUAGGAUUCGACAAUGUUGGUUAUGGGUGUACGACUUGUAUCGGUAAUAGUGGCCCUCUUCCUGACGCUAUUGUAGAAACCAUUGAAAAAAACGGACUUGUGUGCUGCGGCGUACUUUCCGGCAACCGUAAUUUCGAGGGUAGGAUUCAUCCUCACACGAGGGCAAAUUACUUAGCGUCACCGCUGUUAGUAAUUGCUUACGCCAUCGUUGGCACGGUGGACAUAGAUUUUGAAAAAGAGCCAUUAGGUCGCCGAGCGGACGGCAGUCCAAUAUAUCUUCGAGAUAUUUGGCCCACCAGAACGGAUAUUCAAAUAGUAGAACAGAAAAAUGUGAUCCCGGCUAUGUUUAAAGAGGUUUAUAGCAAAAUAGAGCAAGGCAGUUCCAGCUGGGCCAAUUUAAUAGCGCCUGAGAACAUACUGUAUCCAUGGGAUUUACAGUCCACGUAUAUUAAGAGUCCGCCAUAUUUUGAUGAGUUACAAAAGGAAUUACCAAAAAUGAAGCCAAUAAAAGGAGCACAUGUUCUUCUGAAUCUCGGCGAUUCUGUUACAACGGAUCACAUCAGUCCAGCUGGAAGUAUUGCUCGUAAUUCUGCAGCAGCGCGAUACCUUGCUGGUCGAGGGUUGACACCGAAGGAAUUUAAUUCUUACGGAUCACGUAGAGGUAACGACGCAGUAAUGUCUCGAGGCACUUUUGCCAACAUUCGUUUAGUGAAUAAAUUUGUCGGCAAACCUGGACCACGUACAAUUUACAUUCCUACUAAUGAAGAGAUGGAUGUUUUCGAUGCCGCUGAGAAAUACGCAAAAGAUCAAAAGCCUUUAAUCAUUCUUGUCGGUAAAGAGUACGGAUCUGGAUCUUCUAGGGAUUGGGCUGCAAAAGGUCCAUAUCUUCUUGGAAUUAGAGCAGUUAUAGCUGAAUCUUACGAGAGAAUACAUAGGUCAAAUUUGGUAGGUAUGGGUAUUAUUCCGUUAGAAUACCUACCUGGGCAAAACGCGGAUUCCUUAGGAUUGACUGGACUCGAAUUAUAUGAUAUUCCCAUCCCUGAAGAUGUUCAGCCUGGCCAGAAGGUUAUCGUUACGACAAACGAUGGGAAGAAGUUUGAAGUAAUCGUACGGUUUGACACUGAGGUUGAUUUAACAUAUUUCAAACACGGUGGUAUUUUGAACUAUAUGAUCAGGAAAAUGCUCUGAUAUGCAUAGCAGACGACAGAUGAAGUCUGAAUUAUUCUAUCGAGAAAUGUUACUUAACACAAUACUUAACUUUGGGUUUGGACUGGCAGCAUAAAAUGUCUUAGUAUAUCCAUAUCCUUUAUACUUAGUAAAAGAGAGAAGUAAAUUAGAACGAAUACGAUAUCGCAUCCUUAUUACGAGACGUUAGUGGAUAAAGAAAUAACAAUGAAUUUAUGUUUGAUAAAUAUAUAUUUAUUUUUGAAUAUUACAAAUUCUAUUAGAGGAAAUAGUUUUAUACUUUGAUAUAUUAUACAAGGAAGAUUAACGUCGUGUAUUAGCAAUUCGAUUAGUUACGAUUUACACAGUAAAUAAUGUUCAAGUUUCGAUCAAGUCAAAUUUGUUUAAUAUUUUCUAACAGUCUUUGAAAUGAGCUGAGGGGAAAUGAAUAUUUGUUAAUAUAAUAAAAUAUCUAUAAAUUGUU